UACUGAGAAGAGCAGAUAAAAAUGAUGAUGGAAAACUGUCCUUUGAAGAAUUUAAAGCAUACUUUUCAGAUGGUGUGCUAAGUGGAGAAGAAUUACAUGAGCUCUUCCAUACCAUCGAUACACAUAAUACCAACAAUCUUGACACAGAAGAACUAUGUGAAUAUUUUUCUCAGCACUUGGGUGAAUAUGAAAAUGUACUAGCAGCACUUGAAGACCUAAAUCUUUCCAUCCUGAAGGCGAUGGGAAAAACAAAGAAAGACUACCAAGAGGCUUCUAAUUUGGAGCAAUUUGUAACUCGGUUUUUGUUGAAGGAGACAUUGAAUCAACUGCAGUCUCUCCAAAAUUCCUUGGAAUGUGCUAUGGAAACGACUGAGGAGCAAACCCGUCAAGAAAGGAGCGGACAGCUUCAUAUUUCUCCCAGAGAAUGGCCAGGGCCAGUCAAGCCAGAAGUCCUGUCUAUUCCGUGGCCCGGAAAGCGAUCAAGCCGCCGAGUCCAGAGACACAACAGCUUCUCUCCCAACAGCCCUCAGUUUAAUGUCGGCACUUCGGGUAUCUUAGAAGAAGACAGCCCGUGGAUGACCCAGAUAAAUAGACUGCAGAAAUUAAUUGAUAGACUGGAAAAGAAGGAUCUCAGACUGGAGCCACUGGAAGAAGAAGUUAUUGAAGGAAACACGAAAUCUCAGCACAUCAUGCUUGUGCAGCGUCAGAUGUCGGUGAUAGAAGAGGACUUGGAGGAAUUCCAACUUGCUCUGAAACACUACGUGGAGAGUGCUUCCUCCCAAAGUGGAUGUUUGCGUAUUUCUAUUCAGAAGCUUUCAAAUGAAUCUCGCUACAUGAUUUAUGAGUUCUGGGAGAACAGUAGUGUGUGGAACAGACAUCUUCAGAUGAAUUAUAGCAAGACAUUCCAAAGAAGUAACGUGGAUUUCUUGGAAACACCAGAGCUCACAUCUACUAUGCUCGUUCCUGCUUCAUGGUGGAUCCUGAACAACAACUAAACAUUCUUAAGACAUUUUCUUUAUAGUUCAAGUG